AUGCUUUCUUCGCCCUCAGAUUCAGACGGCGCUCUGUCGGGCGCUGCGGCGGUCGCUGAGGCGGCCUGGCGAGCGUCCCUCGGCGCUUCGCCGCGCCCUCGAGCAAGCGACUCCGGGGUUCAGGAUGGCUCUGCGGCGCCCACGGCCCCGCGGGCGACCUCCUCGCCCUCGCGCGCGCUGCCGCGGAUAGCCGUCGUCGUGCGCAAGCGGCCGCUGAGUGAAGCCGAGCGAAGGCGCAGCGAGGCAGACCUCGUGCAGACUCGCGGCGGAAACGCCGUCUUCGUCGAUGAACCGAGAGAGAAGGUAGACUUGACGCCGUAUGUGAUGCGGCACGAGUUCCGCGUAGACUACGCCUUCGACGAGCGGGAUUCCAACGCAGACGUCUACCGCGCAGUCGUCAAGCCCCUAGUUGAGGCCUGCUGCCUCCGCAACGCCAACACCUCUUGCUUCGCGUACGGCCAAACAGGCAGUGGGAAAACAUACACCAUGCUGGGGCUGCAGCCCUACGGUCGAGGCAUCGAAGCUGGCGUCUUUGAGCUUGCCGCUGACGAUAUCUUUAAGUACAUCGACGGCGGCGAGAAGGAGGUCUUUGUGUCUUUCUUCGAGAUCUACAAUGGCAAACUCUUCGACCUCCUCCAGAACAGGAAGCUUGUGGCAGCGCUGGAAAAUGGAAAGAAGGAGGUCAUCGUGAAGGAUUUGCGGGUUGAGCAGGUGCGCGACAAAGCCGUUCUUCUCUCCAAGAUGAUUGAAGGCGUCGAACUGCGAAAAAUCGGCGCCAACUCCGUGAACGACGAGUCCUCGCGCUCGCAUGCGAUCCUUCAAGUCAUGCUCAGAGAGAAAAACUCAGAGGAGACGUGCGGUCGCAUCGCGUUCAUCGACUUGGCGGGGAGCGAGCGAGGCGCCGACACGCUCCAGCACAGUCGGCAGACGCAGCAAGAUGGAGCAGGAAUCAACCGCUCGCUUCUCGCCCUCAAGGAGUGUAUCCGCGCCAUGGAUCAAGACAAAGUUCACAUUCCCUUUCGAGACAGCGAACUCACAAAGGUGCUUCGCGAGAUCUUUGUUGGGCGCAGCAGCCGGAGCGUGAUGAUUGCCACCGUCUCUCCGUCGACUUCGUGCUGCGAACAAACUCUGAACACGCUUCGCUACGCGUCUCGCGUGAAGAACUUUCGGCAGGUCCCCCCGACAGCCACGCCGGCGCCCGCCUCGGCGUCGCUGGCUUCUCUGCCGUCGCGGCCUUCGAGCAGCUCCGCCGAGGCGACCGGCGGCCGCUCCAUUUUCUCAGCAAACGCGGGGUCGUCGCGCCACGCGCGCGCCUCGCAUCCGUCGCCCGCUCUCCGGUCUUCGUCUUCCUUACCGAGCGCGUUUAGCGCCGGCUCCUCGUCGGAGGAUCUCGGCUUCUACGGGCGGCAGCGCGAGGCGGGCGCGCGCGUGUCGCCGCGCAGCGACGGCCGAGUCCCGCUGUCCCAGGAGGAUCUCUUUGCCGGGGGCGAGCGCUGGAGAGACGCUCAUGCGUCGCCGCGCAGGGCUCGCGUCGCCUCCCCGGCGCCCUCCAGCUCGGACUCGCCGCUCCUGCGUUCAGCCAUGUCGCUGCCUGAGCACGUGCGGACGGCUGCGCAGCUCAAAGGCAUGCGCAAGAAGCGCGACGAGAAGAGCGAGGAGAAGGACAGAUUCGGGAUGAGGAGGAUCGACGAGGCCGGCGGGGGGGGAGUGUCGCCGCCGCGUGGCGUCGCUGCCGGGCGCGACCCGGGGGAGUGCAGCGGAGACCUCAGAAAGGCCUUCCUCGCCUCUUCCGCGCGCCUCGCGAGUAGAGGAAGCUUGCUGACGGCGAGCGCUAGCGGCGAAAUCCAGUACACAAGCGCGCCGAAUCGCGCCUCGGUGCCUGCGGCUUCGCCCUCGCGCCUCGGAAGCGUCGGCCUCCCGGCGCGCUCCACUCGACCCGCGACCUCGACUGCUGCGUCUUCGCCUCUGAAGACUCUUGGAAGUCGCGCCCGCUACCGGGACAGCACGAGCGUGGGGUCCUUCGAGAGCCUCGAUGACGCGUUGACCGCGCCCUCGCCCCUGCCGGCUGGGGCGGCGCUGCGGAGAGGCGGCAGCCUCGGCGCAGGCAAGGGCGCCGAUGAGAGGAGGAAGGCUCUCGAAAGCAGGACGGCGAGUCUAGGCCCAUCGCUUUCCUCGUCGCGAGGGACUCUUCCGGCGCGAGCGAGCCCUACGACAGCGCCCAAGGCGGCUGCAAGGCGCCAGUUGCUGGGCACCGUGCGGUCGCUGUCCUCCUCGGGCUUCGCACCGACUGCCGACGACAGAGACACUCAGUCCGCGCACGACUUGGUCAUCGACGCGAGGAGUGAAGAGUUGGAGGCGACGAGGGUCUCCUCUGGCGCGGUGAGUGCGCUGAAGAAAACAUCCGCACUGCUGGCCUCUGCCAAGAAGGGGGGUGGAGAUAGGGGAUCCGUCCUCCCGCGCGUUCGCAACACGCGCGCCACGACGUCUUCGUCUCCAUUCGGGGCCACGCGCUUCGGCUUAAAUUCGGCGAGGUCCUCCUUGCUCAGUGGGUCGCCUCCGCCUCUCGCGCAGCAAACGCACGGCGCGGCGCUUCGGGCGUCGCCGGUGGCGGCUGUGUCUGCAGCGGCGACGGCGGCCGCGUUGGACUCCGCAGAGGGCCUUGGGUUGGGCUCGACAGGCAAGACGACUCGAGGCCGAGGCGGCGAGGCCUUCGAAAUCGCUCUGGAAGCGACAGGGACUGUCUCCGCCGCGACCGCGGUCGUGGAGCCCAGUGAGAGGCGGAGCUUGGGCGAUCGGGACGCGCGCGCGGCGUGUGGUGAGGAGCCUAAGCCCGCGAGCGGGUCGGCGGGGCUCGCGGCGUCUCCUCCUCUGAGUCAGCUGCGAAAGACGUGGCUUCGCGCGCAGCACCAGCAGCAGUCGCGGCAGGGCGCCCUCGUGUGUCCAGACGGCAGCAGCGUCAUUUUCGUCCCGCGACACGGGCGCGAGUCGUCGUCGUCGCCCGCGCUGGGGCCUGCGCCCGUCGAGGUGGACAUGGUCGACGACGCGCGGGAGGGUCGCGGCCGGGCAGUCUUUUCGACGGAGGCCUGUACCGGGAGCCGCGCGGAGGAGGACGGGGACGGAAAGGAUCGCACAGCGUCGCAGUUGCAGAUGCGCCUGGCCUCGUCGCUCUCGUCAUGUGCCCACCAGCUCUCCAGUUCGCCGGAGGACGCGAUGCGCUCGAGCUCGGCUUCGGCCUCCAGUAGUGGCUUCACGUCGCGGCUGCAGCGGCCAUCGCCCCUCGCGGGAGGGGCGCAAGUCGGCGAGGGAGGCGAAGGCCGCAGACUCGAACGCGGCUCCAAGUCGAGCAUGAACGUGCCUCUGGAUGCCUCGUCGCAGCGGCUGCUUGCGCACUUGCUUCCGCGAGGCUUCUCGUCUCUCUCCGCCUCGGGAUCCUGUGUGCCCGCGUUUCGGCGCGGCUCUUCGCCGACCUCGCCGUCCCGCCGGAGUCGCGCCGCCGGCGAUGGCGACGCAGACCUGGGCGAGGGCGAGGACGACGGGGAGGUCGCUGCGGAGUCCGCGUCCUACGCGAAGCGCACGAAAAAGACUGAAGGCAAGCGCGACGAAGGGGCGGUGCUGCUGGCGGUCUCCAGCGGCCAUGGCGAUGACCGCGAGACGGCCUUCGGGAAGAACCGGGAACCCCAAGCCAUCCUGCGCGACGAAUUCGCGUGCGCGACCGACUACCACGAGCUAGACCUUGAGCAGCUCGACACGCUGCAGCGCGCAGUCCACGACCGCAGAGGCGCGUGCAUGCAACAGCUGCUUCAACUCGCGAAGAAACGCGCAGAGGACGCGUCGAGUCGCCACGGAAUCAACGAAAGCCAGCAGGACUUGUUGGUCUGCCGUCUUCAUCAAGCCAAUCCUGAGAGCAACGAGUUCGGCGAGUAUGUGCGCCAGAGGAUGGAAACCGAUUUCCGCAAGCUGCUUGCGAUGAGGCAAUUGUGGGUAGAAGCUGAGGAGCUCCGGAUGCUGCAUCGCCUGCUGACAACUGAGGCGCAAACAAAAUCGGGAGUGGGGGGCGCUCAUCGGCAGGAAGGAGGCGCGUCAGGUGGCGGCGCUUCGCCUGCGUCGAAAAACCGCCCGCUGCCCGCGGGCGAGACGCGAGCCGAUUCUUCGUUUCUGAAGAAGAAAGCGGAUCUCGAGGUCGCCGGAGACGUCGAGAUGACCGAUGCAUUUCCGUCGCCUCCGCUUCUCACGACGUGCUCGCCACUGACGGAGGGAUGCCCUUCGCUCCAUGCGCGCCACGGGUCGUCGCCUCUGGCUCUGUCGGGCGCUCACUCCGACUCCAGCGAGUUCGUUGAGUGCUGA